CUUUAACAAUAUGGACUUCAGGGCAGGACUGCUGCUUUUAACUGUGUUCUUGGCAGGUGUUGAAAGUCAGACUAUAACACAGUCUGAAUCAGUGGUUAAAAGGCCAGCAGAUUCCCACAGACUGACCUGUACAGGCUCCAACAUUGAAUUCAGCAGCUACUGGAUGGCCUGGAUCAGACAGGCUCCUGGAAAAGGACUGGAGUGGAUUGCAAUCAUCGAAUAUGACAGUGAUAGAAUCUUUUAUUCUCAGUCAGUUCAGGGCAGGUUUACCAUCUCCAGAGACAACAGCAAAGAGCAGCUGUAUCUGCAGAUGAACAGCCUGAAGACUGAAGACACUGCUGUUUAUUAUUGUGCUCGAGAAGAAGGCUACUUUGACUACUGGGGGAAAGGAACACAAGUCACAGUAACUUCUGACACUUCAACUGCACCCACUGUGUUUCCUCUGGUACCAUGUGGUUCUGAAAGUGGAGAUAUGGUCACUCUUGGCUGCCUUGCCACUGGCUUUAACCCUCCUGCAGUGACUUUCUCAUGGAGCAACGACAACAAUCCCUUGACAGACUUCAUCCAGUACCCUGCAGUACAAAAAGGCAAUGUUUAUACUGGAGUCAGUCAAAUCCGAGUGAGGAGACAGGACUGGGAUGGACGACAGAAUUUUCAAUGUGCUGUAAACCACACUGCUGGAAUUGCACAGACUCCUAUCACAAAACCACGUAAGCCUGAUGAGGCGUCUGAGCCGGUGAACAAUACUAACCAAAACAACAAAGGAGAGCCAACAGUAGCAGUCUACAUCCCCCCACAGCUGCACACUGACCAGUUUCAGUCUGAAGAUAAAAUCACUCUGGUGUGUCUGGUCACCAGUACUGUGGAUGAGACGUAUAAAAUCGAAUGGUCAGAAAUGUCUGAACAGACACAAGGACCUUAUGUUACAGCCACCGACGUCCCUCCACUGCAGAGCAAAAAUGACCAGAAAUGGCGAAGUAUGAGUCUUUACACCACCAGUAAGGCAAACUGGGACAAAAAAAAUCCAACCAAAGAGUUCACCUGCCGUGUCGGAGUCAGACCUAAACCUAUUUUUAAAACAGUGUCCAGUGCCCAUGAUGAUUUUUGUGAUCUGAGUUGGGAUGAUAUCACCGCUGAAGACGAUUUUGGCAGCCUGUGGUCCACAGCUUCCUCCUUCAUAUUCCUUUUCAUAUUCUCUCUCUUCUAUAGCAUUAUUAUCAGCCUUCUUAAGAUAAAGAGAUCAUAACGAAUGGGAUGGAAUGGGUGCGCUUCAUUUCUACGCUAUUUUUAAAAUGUUUUUCAUUUUCUUUUAUGCACAUAAUCAUUUAUUUGUUAUAUUAAAUGCCUGUCAUAUAUAAAUAGUCAAUUAACACAUCUGUAAAAUGUGUAAAAUAGAUCAAUAAAAUGAAACUGCAUAUUA